UCUGCACACAGGGCACCGCUUCCCCACCGACAGCAGCAACAGCUUCCAGCUCGGGAGACAAACGCGGCCUCAGCCUCAGAAAGCUGCAUGACCAUUUUUCACGGUGUCUUUCGUCUGACGCUAACAGAGAUCCGAAGGUUUUGUGGAAGAGAGAAGAUAUGGAUAUGGCAAGAUACCCUGGAGUUGUGGAGGCUUGUUUGAAGCUGGAAUGCUUAUUUGUUCCUUCCCUAAAUCAUAAGAGUGAAGACUUAGAGGAGCAGGCUUGGACGAUGCCAUCUGAGAUAUGCCUCAGUGUUCAAGAAAUGCUGACAGGUCAGAGGCACUGCCAAUCAAUAUCUCACAAAGAUGCUGUCCUGUCUGCUCUGAACCAGCAGAGAAACGAUGGAAUUUUAUGUGAUAUUACACUUGUUGCUGAAGAACAAAAAUUCCAUGCUCACAAGGCAGUGCUGGCAGCAUGCAGUGAUUACUUCCGUGCUAUGUUUAGUUUGUGUAUGGUAGAAAGUGAAGCUGAUGAGGUCAACUUGCAUGGAGUCACCAGUCUUGGUUUGAAACAAGCCCUGGAUUUCGCCUACACUGGACAGAUUCUUUUGGAGCCUGGAGCAAUCCAAGAUGUGUUGGCUGCUGGGAGUCACCUCCAGUUGCUGGAGCUUUUAAACCUGUGUUCUCAGUACCUCAUCCAGGAAUUAAAUAGCUUUAACUACCUGGAUCUGUAUAAGCUGGCCGACCUGUUUAACCUAACUUUACUAGAGACUGCAGUGGUGGAAUUUCUUGUUAAACAUCUGUCAGAGCUUUUAAAAAAUCACCCUGAAGAAGUUCUGCCACUACCUUUUCGACUUCUCCGAGAGGUUUUAAAGAGUGACCAAUUAACUUCAAUGAGUGAAGAACAAAUAUGGCAGCUGGCUGUCAGAUGGCUGGAGCACAAUUGCCGUUAUCAGUACAUGGAUGAGCUAUUGCAGUAUGUUCGUUUUGGCCUGAUGGAUACAAACACACUUCAUACAGUUGCUCUCUCUCAUCCUUUGAUCCAAAGCAGUGAAACUGCAACAGCACUUAUCAACGAAGCCUUGGAAUAUCAUCAAAAUAUCUAUGCACAGCCUGUAUGGCAAACCAUAAGGACAGAACCCCGCUUCCAGUCCAACACACUUUACAUUGUAGGAGGCAAAAAGAGAGAGAUCUGCAAAGUUCGAGAACUUAGAUACUUUAAUCCAAUUGAUCAGGACAAUGUUCAUAUUGCAGGAAUGGCAAACUGGAGUGAGUUAAACCCUAUGCCAGUAGGACGAAGCCAUCACUGUGUUGCUAUCAUGGGCAACUUUCUGUUUGCAGCGGGUGGAGAAGUGGAACAUGCCUCUGGUCGCACUUGUGCAGUGAGAACUGCUUGCCGAUAUGACCCUCGCAGCAAUACUUGGUUAGAAAUUGCUCCAAUGAAAAACUGCAGAGAGCACUUUGUGUUGGGAGCAGUAGGUGAUUUCCUUUAUGCAGUUGGUGGUAGAAAUGAACUGCGGCAAGUUUUACCUUCAGUGGAACGAUACUGCCCAAAGAAGAAUAAGUGGACUUUUGUACAGUCCUUUGACCGAUCCCUUUCCUGUCAUGCCGGAUGUGUUGCUGAUGGCCUACUGUGGAUAUCAGGUGGCGUGACGAACACAGCACAAUAUCAGAACAGAUUAAUGGUAUAUGACCCAAUCCAGAAUAAAUGGAUAAGCCGUAGUCCAAUGCUGCAAAGGAGAGUAUAUCACGCAAUGGCGGCUGUACAGAGGAAGCUGUAUGUGCUUGGGGGAAAUGAUCUGGAUUACAAUAAUGAUCGCAUUCUGGUACGGCACAUUGAUUCCUACAAUAUUGACACUGAUCAAUGGACUCGCUGCAACUUCAAUCUACUUACAGGCCAAAAUGAAUCUGGAGUUGCUGUGUAUAAUGGAAGAAUUUAUUUAGUGGGCGGUUAUUCAAUUUGGACAAAUGAACCUUUGGCGUGCAUACAGGUUCUGGAUGUUAGCAGAGAAGGCAAAGAGGAGGUGUUCUAUGGUCCGACAUUACCCUUUGCUUCCAAUGGUAUAGCAGCAAGUUUUCUGCCCGCCCCCUACUUCACUUGCCCCAAUCUGCAGACUUUGCAAGUUCCUCACCAUCGGAUGGGCACAAUGUGACAACAGGAGAACAUCAAGAGAAACCCAGCUUCUCCCCACACUUUGCCAUUUAGCUGGAAGUACAGUGCUUUUUCAGGUGGACAGAAGAACAGACAUUAUCAGCUCGCCUGCUGAACAUGAACACGAUAAAAAAAUGAAUGAUUCUAGAAGGUAUCAGGCCAAUAGAUUGUAAGCUCUUUAGGGCAGAGAGUCACUGUGCCUAAACACGUAUACAGAACUGCAUAUAUUCUAUAUGUUAUGUCAUUGUGUUGUUUGAAAUGCAGAUCUAAACCAACGAGGAGUUUAUAUGCAAACUGAUCAUGUUCCCCUGCCCCAUUGUGAAUAUACUGUAUCCUGUACUGUACAUUCAUCACAAUAAGCAACAUUCUCUACUGUACAACCUCUCUAUGCUGUGCAAUUACUCUGAUAUGGCUCUGAUAUUAUUCCAAUAUAGAAGGGCAACAUCAUGACACAAACCAUUUUACACAUAUGCAAUUCACGUUUGUGUUAAAAACAAUCUAUAUAUAUAUAUAUAUAUAUAUAUAUAUAUAUAUAUAUAUAUAUAUAUAUAUAUAUAUAUAUAUAUAUAUAUAUAUAUAUAUAUACACACAGUAUAAAAUGUAUUGCAGUGAUACAACAUUAUAUGGAGUCAAUGGAAGGAGGGUCACUUUCAGAUUGUUUUUAAAAUUGUAAAAGAACACAAACCACAGAAAAACCAUGUUUGCUGCUAAACUACUGAAAAGCACACGUAAGUGCAUAUACAGUGAAUAAAAAAAACAUGCCGAUG